AUGAACACGUUGAGCAUGCCAUUCACGCCACCAAUCGUGAAGAGGUUGCUUGGAUGGAAGAAGGACAAUUCGGAGGACAAAUGGUCGGAGAAGGCUGUGAAAAGUUUAGUAAAAAAGCUGAAGAAGUCGGGAUGCCUUGAGGAACUUGAGAGAGCUGUUACGACGCAGAACAGCCAAACUAAAUGCAUUACCAUACCUAGAUCACUUGAUGGACGUUUGCAAGUGUCUCAUAGGAAGGGACUUCCCCAUGUGAUAUACUGUAGACUAUGGCGUUGGCCUGAUCUUCAAAGUCACCAUGAGCUCAAAGCUGUUGAACGUUGUGAAUAUGCCUUUCAUCUAAAAAAAGAUGAAGUCUGUGUCAACCCUUACCACUAUGCACGAGUCGAGACUCCAGUGCUUCCUCCUGUGCUGGUACCCAGACAAACAGAUCUAUCUCUAGAUGUCUCCAGAAGACUACCGCCUCUUGAUGAACUCUCUAACAACACAGUACCUGACAAUGCAACAUUUCUGGUUGGUAUGGACACACAGAGUUCAAGUCAUACACACUCACUUCCUUCAGAAACCCCACCUCCAGGCUAUAUGAGUGAUGAUGGCGAGACUAGUGAACAGAAUAUGGAUACAUCAUCAACAAACAGCAACAACACUGCUCCACAGUCCACCGAAUCCCUUGAUUUGCAGCCAGUGUCGUACUGCGAGCCUCCGUUCUGGUGUUCUAUUGCCUAUUACGAGAUGAAUCAGCGAGUUGGUGAGACGUUUCAUGCAUCACAACCAUCACUAACCAUCGAUGGAUUCACCGACCCAUCAAGCUCAGAAAGAUUCUGUCUUGGUCUUCUCUCUAAUGUCAACAGAGAUCCACAAGUUGAGCAAACACGCAGACACAUUGGAAAAGGCGUGCGGUUGUACUACAUAGGUGGAGAGGUGUUUGCAGAGUGUUUGAGUGAUAGCAGUAUCUUUGUUCAAAGUCCUAACUGUAAUCAGAGAUAUGGAUGGCAUCCUGCUACAGUGUGUAAGAUUCCACCAGGAUGCAACUUGAAGAUCUUCAACAAUCAGGAGUUUGCAGCCCAGCUCUCUCAGAAUGUAAACCGAGGAUUUGAGGCAGUGUAUGAGUUAACAAGGAUGUGCACCAUCCGUAUGAGCUUUGUUAAAGGAUGGGGAGCAGAGUAUCGCCGUCAGACAGUCACUUCAACACCAUGUUGGAUUGAGCUUCAUCUGAAUGGACCUCUGCAAUGGUUGGAUAGAGUUCUUACUCAGAUGGUUCCCCCUGAUAAAGUCUGCUCUAGUAUGUCUUAAUCUCUCUCUUCUACCAUUCUAGGUGCUAUCUUGGAUAUAAACAGCUCUUUGUGAAAGACUCAGAAACAUUGGAAUGAAGGAAUCCAACAAGAAAUGGAGGUGGAAUAAGAGAUAUAAAACUUUGAAAGACUAACAGAUUGUCGUUCGGUUUUAGACAACACCAGAAAGACACAAGAGUUUAAACCAGAGAAAUGAAAGUCAUCUUCUCAAUAUUACUUUUUCCUUGUUCUUAUGCUUUUUGAUUUUCUUGUUUAUACUAUACCACCUGUAUACCAAGGAGAGAGUGUGGACUUGUAUUGAAGUAUGCCUGGAUAUAUGAUAGAAUUCAAGAAUAUACUUGGUAGAGUGAACCUGCUUUGUUAUGUACCUUGAUCAUUGUAUGAUAUUGCACUGAGGAGAGCCUUCCAGUUAGAUAUUCAAUAUCAUAAUGGAAUUCUAAUGGAACAACUACAACGCUUUGCAAUUCGUGAAAGGAACGUUUUCUUUUUUUAAUUCAAAAGAUCUUGCUGUGUUCUGAUGUUAUGCGAGACAAUCAUUAUCAGACAUGCACUUUAGAAACGUGUUUAAUGUACGAUUUUACCAGGUUCCUUGCAGUUUUUGUAUGCACCCACAAUUUCUGUGAAGAAAAUAUCAAAGAUAUGCUCUCUCAUAUUGGGUAUAUUUCAUUGUAAAUGGCACCCUCGCAAGUAGAUUUUAUCCUGUUGAAAUCGAGAAGUCAGGAGGCAGUGAUGCAAGUGAUCUCAGCAUUGGAAAACAAACAAAUAGGUAACUAGCAGCUUUAAACUUGUGAUUCUGUAAUUAACCAAGAAAUAUGAGCUGAAUUAACAAAAAGAGAAAAGGUUGUUGGGAUAAUGGCUUGUUUUGGUUAGUGGCUUUGUUGACUCCACAGAAUCAUUCAUACUUGAUGCACAAGUGGAAAAUUGGCCUGUUAAAGCCUGUUUUAAUUGAUGAUGGCAUGGUGUACUUUGAUUUAACCAAAAUCAAAUAUAUGUCAUUCAAUUAAAGUAUUUAAUAGUAACCAUUUUUCAUGAAUCCUUUUCUGGCUUGCUGUGGUAAUACUGUUUACUGGGAAUCUACUGCAUUCUCAGGAGUAUUUUCAUGCAGCCAACUGUCAGUCAUAUUAACUGUUACAAGCUACGAAAAUUUUUGCUUCUGAUUUGCUAUUUCUCAAUGGUAAUCACAAAUCUGACAGGCAUCGGAAGAGAAAAAGGGCAUACAUAUGACGGAUGGUCAUGCAAACUACUGUAAAAUAUGUACAUAGACUAAUUUGUUCUCUCUUUUUUAUUGUGAUGGAUGUACAAGCAAGCUCAUUUGUAACUGAUGUGAAUAAGUAGUCGUCUGUAGCAGUUCAUUACAGAUGACUUGAUUCAUUGAAGCUGUAUUAUGGAGUUCUUGCCAAUUUACAACUCUGUUUACAUACAUGGUUAUUUGUUAUUAGCUAGUAGUUACGCAACUGUUCAGGGAAGAAAUAGAAUAGACAUAUAGACCCAAAUGCAACAUUAAAGGGGUACUCCAGGCUGAAAAUGAUAUGAUUUGAACAGAUCUAGUAAAAUCUUACCAAAAAUAAACACAUAAAAUUACAUAAAUUGUACAAGUCAUGACAAUUUAAAGUUUUGCAUUAUCUCGGCAAAACCGUUCUUUCCAUGUCUUGAUGAAUAUGCAAUGAGCAAGCUGAUGAUGUCAUAUUCCCACGCUUUUCUUUAGAAUAUAUUAUAUAUGAAAUUAUAUUCAUUCAAAUUUUGUCCUCCAGGAAUAAAAAAAAAUGGAUUGACUACUAUGAUUGCUGCAGCUCAUUUUGUUACAAGGGAGACGAGCAUAUCAUUCUUAUAUAUAAAAAUAUGAAAUUAUGAUUUCAUGUAAUAUGAUAAGAACACGUAUAGUGGGGACAUGACAUGAGCCCACCCAUGGCAUAUGAUGCCGUGCAUAGCUUUAUACAAAAUAUUGCCAAACUUAGAAAUUCAAUGACUUUGUUGUUGUCAGAUUUUGAUGGAACUUUAAGCAUUUUUCUUGGUGAAUUUUGCUCUAUUUAUCAGAUGUAUUUAUUUUCAGGCAGGAGUACUCUGAGUAUGAUAUUUUAAAUAGUCCUUAGUAACUGAUAGGAAGAGGUAAGUUUAUGUGCAAAUAUCAUAAUGCAGUGCUAAUGUGAUUAUGAUGAUCUAAGAACAUGUUAAGGCUCUCUGUAUCAAUUGUUGUACCCAUACCAAUUCUGAUUUUUAAAAAAAAGAAGGAAAAGGGUCAACAGUGGCAUGGGACAAGUGAUGAGGUUGAUUUUGUGUCAAAAGUGGUCCAUGCGCUGGCAUGCAGGAGACUU